AUUCGGCGGCUUGCCCUGACCCUGCGCGUGGUUUGUUUCACACCGUACCCUGUAAGCAUGGAUAUAGGUGAUAUCGACUUAGACGGGGCUAUUCAGCAUGUCUUAAAAAAUGCAGCUGCAUGUCAUGGGUUAUAUAAAGGUCUUCAUGAAUGCACUAAAGCCAUUGAACAGCGAAAAGCAAUCUGCUGUUUCCUUGCUGAAAAUUGUGACGACAAAACAUACAGCUGUCUUGUCGAAGCUCUUUGCAAAGAGCAUGAGAUUCCUAUUAUUAAGAGGUUAGGUGAGCUAGCUGGCCUUUGCAAAUAUGACAAGGAAGGAAAGGCACGCAAGAUUGUUUCUUCGUCGUGUAUCGUUGUCAAAGAUAUAGGAGAGGAAUCUCGAGGUUGGAAAUACUUGGUAGAAAAGUAUAACAUACCUGUCUCUGACGGAUAG